GGCAGGCCGUCGCUGUUUGCCCAUCUGGCAGCACUGAUACACACAGCCAGCAUUCGCCGCUCUUUUUUUUUGAAGUUUGGUCUCUCUCUGCAAGGCAUACGUAUUUGCGGGGUUUUAAAUUGUGUUUACUAGCCGGAAAAUAGUUGCAAAACAUGUCCAAAGAGGAGGAAAAUGCCGUAGAGGCGACCGAUACAAACGAAAACUCGAAUGAAUCCAACUCCGACACCACUUCGUCAAACACAAAGGAACCGGACUACGAUGCGACACUGGAAACGGACCGCGGUAAGCGGUUCGAGUUCCUGCUCAAGCAGACGGAAAUUUUUGCCCAUUUCAUGAACUCGGCCCCGAGCAAGAGUAGCCCACCGAAGGCACCGCGGGGCCGUAAGCCGAAGGUGGACAAGAAUGCCGAUUCCAGCGACCAUCGGCACCGCAAGACGGAGCAGGAGGAGGACGAGGAGCUGCUAGCGGAAACGAACCAGAAGGCGAAGACGCAGUUCCGCUUCGAGGAGUCUCCGCCAUACAUCAAGGCGGGCGAGAUGCGCGACUAUCAAAUCCGUGGCCUGAACUGGAUGAUAUCGCUGUACGAGAACGGCAUCAACGGCAUCCUGGCGGACGAGAUGGGCCUGGGCAAGACGCUGCAGACCAUCUCGCUGCUCGGGUAUCUCAAGAACAUCCGCAACAAUCCGGGCCCGCACAUUGUGAUCGUGCCGAAGUCGACGCUUCAGAACUGGGUGAACGAGUUCGGACGCUGGUGUCCUUCGAUUCGGGCCGUUUGCUUGAUCGGAGACCAGGAGACGCGUACCGCGUUCAUUCGCGACGUGUUGAUGCCAGGUGAGUGGGACGUUUGCAUCACGUCGUACGAGAUGUGCAUCCGCGAGAAGGCCGUGUUCAAGAAGUUCAACUGGCGCUACAUGGUAAUCGAUGAGGCGCAUCGUAUCAAGAACGAAAAAUCGAAGCUGUCCGAGAUUUUGCGCGAGUUCAAAACGGCCAACCGGCUGCUGUUGACCGGUACGCCGCUGCAGAACAAUCUGCACGAGCUUUGGGCGCUACUCAACUUUCUGCUGCCGGACAUUUUCAACAGCGCGGACGACUUCGACAGCUGGUUCGAUGCGAACCAGUGUAUGGGCGAUAACUCGCUGAUCGAGCGGCUGCACGCCGUGCUGAAACCGUUCCUGCUUCGCCGCCUCAAGUCGGAGGUGGAGAAGCGGCUGCUGCCCAAGAAGGAGGUAAAAAUCUUCGUGGGGCUGUCGAAGAUGCAGCGCGAGUGGUACACCAAGAUCCUGAUGAAGGACAUCGACGUGGUGAACGGGGCAGGCAAGGUGGAGAAGAUGCGUCUGCAGAACAUUCUGAUGCAGCUGCGCAAGUGUACCAACCAUCCGUACCUGUUCGACGGUGCGGAACCGGGCCCACCGUACACGACCGACUACCAUCUGCUGGAGAACGCCGGCAAGAUGGUGGUGCUGGACAAACUGCUGCGCAAGCUGCAGGAGCAGGAUUCGCGCGUGCUCAUCUUCAGCCAGAUGACGCGCAUGUUGGACAUUUUAGAAGAUUUUUGCCACUGGCGCGGCUACCAGUACUGUCGGCUCGAUGGGCAAACGCCCCACGAGGACCGGUCGAACAUGAUUGCCGACUACAAUGCGGAAAACAGCACCAAGUUUAUCUUCAUGCUGUCGACGCGUGCCGGUGGGCUGGGUAUUAAUUUGGCCACCGCCGACGUGGUCAUCAUCUACGAUUCGGACUGGAACCCGCAGAUGGAUUUGCAGGCGAUGGACCGUGCGCAUCGUAUCGGGCAGAAGAAGCAGGUGCGCGUGUUCCGUCUCAUCACGGAGAACACGGUGGAGGAGAAGAUUGUGGAGCGGGCGGAGGUGAAGCUAAAGCUCGACAAGCUCGUCAUUCAGCAGGGUCGGCUGGUGGACAACAAGACGACCCAGCUGAACAAGGACGAAAUGUUGAACAUCAUUCGGUUCGGUGCGAAUCACGUGUUCCAGUCGCGCGAUUCGGAGAUUACGGACGAGGACAUUGACGCGAUCCUGCAGAAGGGCGAAGAGAAGACGCAGGAGCAGAACGAGAAGCUGGACAAGCUGGGGGAGAGCUCGCUGCGCAGCUUCACACUCGACACGGACAACCUGGAGAAUCGGUCGGUGUACCAGUUCGAGGGGGAGGAUUACCGCGAGAAGCAGAAGCUGCAAACGCUCGGCUCGUGGAUCGAGCCGCCGAAGCGCGAGCGCAAGGCGAACUAUGCGGUCGAUGCCUACUUCAAGGAGGCGUUGCGCGUGGCCGAACCGAAAGCACCGAAAGCGCCCCGCCCACCGAAGCAACCGAUCGUGCAGGACUUUCAGUUCUUCCCGCCGAGGCUGUUCGAGCUGCUCGAUCAGGAGAUUUACCACUAUCGCAAGACGGUGAACUACAAGGUGCCGAAAAACUCGGACCUCGGCGCGGAGGCGAACAAGGUGCAGCGGGAGGAGCAGCGCAAAAUUGACGAAGCCGAACCGCUGACGGAAGAGGAGCUGGUGGAGAAGGAAUCGCUGCUGACGCAGGGCUUCACCAACUGGACGAAGCGAGACUUUAAUCAAUUCAUCAAGGCAAACGAAAAGUAUGGCCGCGAUGAUAUCGAGAACAUUGCGCGUGAGGUGGAAGGCAAAUCGCCGGACGAGGUGAUGGAGUACAGUACGGUGUUCUGGGAGCGUUGCCACGAGCUGCAGGACAUCGAUCGUAUAAUGGGCCAGAUAGAGCGUGGCGAGGCGAAAAUCCAACGGCGUGCCUCGAUCAAACGUGCGCUGGACAGUAAGAUGGCAAGAUACCGUGCACCAUUCCACCAGCUGCGCAUUGCGUACGCCAACAACAAGGGCAAAAAUUACACCGAGGAGGAGGACCGCUUCCUGGUGUGCAUGCUGCACAAGCUGGGCUUCGACAAGGAGAACGUGUACGAGGAGCUACGGGCGGCGGUCCGGACCGCACCCCAGUUCCGGUUCGAUUGGUUCCUGAAGUCGCGUACCGCGCUGGAGCUGCAACGUCGCUGCAACACGCUGAUCACGCUGAUCGAGCGCGAAAACCAGGAGCUCGAGGAGAAGGAACGGCUGGAGAAGAAGAAGAAAACGGGUGGCGGCAAUGCGGCGGCCGGUGGUGGCACCGUCGGAGCCGGCGGUGGCGGUGCGCAAAAGUCGAACCAAAAGCGUAAAGCCGAAACGACGCCCGCGGCCAAUGACAAGAACAAAAAGAAAAAGAAAACAUAAGUGUAAGCACUAGACAACCACCCGUGGCGCGGCGCUAUUCGUGCGGAAGGACGAUAGGUUUGUUUUUAAAUUAGUAUGUGUGCAUCAGGUAAAAGUGUGCGAAUGAGGAUGAGAGAACAGCGAGGGAGAGAGCGCGAAAGUCUGAGCGGAAAAACAGGACGAAAGACCGAAGGAAGUGACACAUUCCGCAUUCAGGAUUAGAGUUUUUUUUGAUAAUUUGAGCAACAGCGUUUGGAAAGAGAGCGCUGAUAGCCGCCACACCACUUGCUGGCUCCGAUAUCCGUGGGUGACAGCUACCAACGUUCGUCAUGCUUUCUCCUUAGCCUCAGCGCCACAAACGUCCCCCCCAUGUCCCGUCCCCGUGACACGUACCGAUCCUCGGUUCCCUGCGCGAGAGAAUAAUUCUCCUUAGAUCUUAAGUACUGCAGAAUUGAAUCAGCAUGUCAGCGCAUCCUCGCUUCUUGGUGUUGUGUGUGAGGUGCGCGCAAUGUUUUAUCUGAUUGACCGGCGUAUGGUUUGCGAACGGGAAGUGCAGCACAUAUUAUCUAUCUCUCCGUGUGCGGUUUAGUCUUAAUCGUGAUGAGUUUUCGUACAUCUCUAUCCCUAGCUCGUAAGUUUUACACUCACACACCCAUUAGCUUUACUUUCCACAAUGAGCCCCUAGCUAAAGGGGUAGCUUGUGCGCGUUUGUAUGACAGAAAAACGGUCGUGGAGGGUGCAUACUGGUGUGCGAUGUAGUGACAAACAAAGCAAGAAAAAAGAAAAACCCGCGUAGUGAAGGGAAAGACAAACCUACAAUCCAGUAUUGAUCCAGUUUGCAACUACUACUACUGCAUACAAGGCAAGGCAUACACCAGAGCACCCCACACCGGAGCUAUAAAGUAGAUCAAAACCCGCCCCGUGCCCCAUCAGCGACUUAUGAGGACAGUCAGUUAUAUCGCUAUCGCCAAUACUACUUACUCCAAUUGCAUGUAUUUAUUGUAAGCUUUCAGUAGAGAUUAUAACGCACGUAAAGUGUCGACGAUUGACUGCAGCUUGAGAGGUUGAUCGAUCGGGAUGGCAAAUAAACGUAAAGCAAUCAA